CACCCACAACCACAACAGCAGCUCCUAAGCUGGAACCAAAAAUAAAACUUGAAUUCAAGAUGGAUGAAACCUUUACACCCACCCUUGAAAACAAAUCCUCACCAGAGUUUAAAGCUUUGGAAGAAAAAGUCACAAAGGCGCUGGAUGCCGUUUUUAAAGUCAAAUUUGGACCUGCUUUUAACAAGACAGUUAUUAAAGGUUUCAGCAAAGGAUCCGUAAAAGCAGACACUGAAUUGAUAUUCAAUGAAGAACAAACAGUGCCCAAUGUGACAUCUGUUUCUGACACUUUGGUGGAAGCUACGUCCAGUUCAAACUUCUCCCUGAGUGUGAAUACAUCAAGCAUUGUUACCAAUGUUGUGGUGAUGACAACAGUUGCCCCAAGUACUAUUACUUCGCCCACUGUGACAACUUUUAAUGUUACAUCACCUCCUCCAACCAAUAUGACAUCACCUCCUCCAACCAACAUGACAUCACCACCAACCAACAUGACAUCAGCUCCUAAGCUGGAACCAAAAAUAAAACUUGAAUUCAAGAUGGAUGAAACCUUUACACCCAGCCUUGAAAACAAAUCCUCACCGGAGUUUAAAGCUUUGGAAGAAAAAGUCACAAAGGCGCUGGAUGCCGUUUUUAAAGUCAAAUUUGGACCUGCUUUUAACAAGACAGUUAUUAAAGGUUUCAGCAAAGGAUCCGUAAAAGCAGACACUGAAUUGAUAUUCAAUGAAGAACAAACAGUGCCCAAUGUGACAUCUGUUUCUGACACUUUGGUGGAAGCUACGUCCAGUUCAAACUUCUCCCUGAGUGUGAAUACAUCAAGCAUUGUUACCAAUGUUGUGGUGAUGACAACAGUUGCCCCAACUACUAUUACUUCGCCCACUGUGACAACAGCUCCUAAGCUGGAACCAAAAAUAAAACUUGAAUUCAAGAUGGAUGAAACCUUUACACCCACCCUUGAAAACAAAUCCUCACCAGAGUUUAAAGCUUUGGAAGAAAAAGUCACAAAGGCGCUGGAUGCCGUUUUUAAAGUCAAAUUUGGACCUGCUUUUAACAAGACAGUUAUUAAAGGUUUUAGCAAAGGAUCCGUAAAAGCAGACACCGAAUUGAUAUUCAAUGAAGAACAAACAGUGCCCAAUGUGACAUCUGUUUCUGACACUUUGGUGGAAGCUACGUCCAGUUCAAACUUCUCCCUGAGUGUGAAUACAUCAAGCAUUGUUACCAAUGGUCAUUGUGGUGAUGACAACAGUUGCCCCAACUACUAUUACUUCGCCCACUGUGACAAGUAA